CGAAUUGCAAGAUGACAGCGCCAGGAAGCGGAAGAUGGGAACUCGUAGACUAUAAAGAGGAGUAAGAUGUAUCGCUCGUUACGCCGAAGCCAAGUGCAAGAUGGAGAGCAGAACUUCCACUUCUCUCAGUACAUCCGAUUUCUUGAGCCUCCCCAGAGUCAAGCAGCUGUGUAAAAACAAGGACGAAGGAUUGAAGGGACGAAGGAUUGAAGGACGAAGCUAUGGAUGAAACCGUGUGGAGCAAGCUACCAGCGGAAAUGUUCGUCAAGACCAUGCAAUUCUUGCCUCCUGUAAGAGUGUUGCAGCAGAGAACUCUUAGCAAGUGGGUGUACCAGGCCACCAGCUCGGUCUCCUUUAAUCAUCUAUACUGGAAGCAGCGCAAGCGUGUGAACGAGACCUGGCUGCUCUUGGUUCAAAUCGAUAUGAAAGGAAGUUUUAAAGACCUAUCGUCGUAUGACUUUUGUCUGGAAAAAUGGUACAGACUUCCCAGAGACAACUUAUCAAAUUUGAAUGGUAGGAUUGAUGUGGUUGCAUCAGCGGGAAGUCACCUUCUCUGCAAGGGCGAGUUUGGAAACCUCCCUGAUAAGCUAUAUAUGUGCAACCCUCUCAGGGGAACUUGGAGAGAGCUACCACCCAUGCAAAAGCAGAGGAGGGAGCCUCGAGUGGGUGUUGUCCAUGUGCAGGAAGAUCCCGCCGAUGUAGAUGGUGACGCCUUCAAGGUCGUGGUCGCUGGAGGGUUCUGUCCAUGGGGGCACAUCAAGUUUGAUCUUAGUAGUGAGGUGUAUGACUCGAGAACCGACUCUUGGAAGAUGACCGAAUCCAUUCCCGAAGAUUUUGUCCCUUGUUUGAAAUUUUUUCAAUACAAGGGCAGUCUCUAUUCUGUCACCUAUGGUAUAAUUGAUGACGCCAUAUGUGCACGCGACGUUAUUUUGUACAACUUGGAGAGUGGCAUCUGGAGCAAGGUUCAGGCUGCUAUGCCUGAAGGCUUGAUGCAAGUAAAUGUUGUGGAGUGCAAUGAGAGGUUGUUAAUGGUAGGGAUAGUUAGAGCAUCCAGCAUCAAGAUCUGGAUGCUCGACGAUAGUGCUAAAAACUGGGAGGAGAUAGCCACUAUGCCACCGGACACUUUUAAUGAGUUUGCUAAGUCGAUUUCCAGUAAUUUUAGCUGUACUUCGACUUAUUCUAUUGGAAAAGGUAGAUAUAUAUGUUUGAUACUCAAUCACAGUCCUCUAGUUCUGAAGUUUGACAUGGACCUCAAUACUUGGACCUGGCUGCCCAAGCAUCUUCAUGAGAAUGGCCGUGGACUAAUGUAUUGGACAGGAAUGUUUUUCAAUCCGAGGCUCGAACUUGAUCACAAACAGUCCUAGCGGCUGUCACAUUAGAUUCACAGGUCUGAUUUGAGUAGCGAACUCGUCGUCUCCGAAGUCGAGACACUUACGAGUUCUCGGCACGAGACAACGAACAAUCGCAUUAAAGAGCAUAUUGCAGAAAGGUCCUGAUAUGUAAUUAGAAUAUGUAUUGGUACGACAUUUGACUUCUUUACUUCUAAAUGAAAAAUGGAUGUG